AUGUUCAUUAUCCAUUGGUUUUGUGACAUUUUAGCGAGUCUUGGGCUGAUGAACAAGCAUGCAAAGCUUUUGUUUCUGGGACUCGACAAUGCAGGAAAAACAACACUUCUUCACAUGCUUAAAGUAAGUAUCCAGGCGUACAGAGACACUGAAGCACAAUUGAAAAGAAAAAGAUUCAGAAAUUCUUUAAAAAUAAGAGUUGAUCGAUUGGUGCUAUUUCAACCAACGUUGCAUCCAACAAGUGAGGAGUUAGCAAUUGGGAAUUGUCGGUUUACAACGUUUGAUUUGGGUGGUCAUCAGCAAGCACGCCGAUUAUGGCGAGAUUAUUUCCCGGAUGUAAAUGGAAUUGUCUUUCUUGUUGAUUCAGCGGAUGUUGAUCGACUUUGCGAGUCGAAAUUAGAGCUUGAUGCAUUACUGUCAAUGGAAGAGCUCUCUAAAGUUCCGUUUCUUGUACUCGGAAAUAAAAUUGAUGCACCGGGAGCAAUUUCAGAAGAGGAAUUGCGUGGGUUUCUUGGACUUUAUCAAACAACAGGAAAGGGAAAGACAAUAUGCGAAAAUGUGCGUCCUAUUGAAGUCUUUAUGUGUUCGGUGGUUAUGCGACAAGGUUACGGAGAAGGAUUUCGAUGGCUCAGCCAAUACGUUUAA